CUUACUGGCUGGUGAACGCGUCAGUUGCGUUCGAGCUUUAUAAAUUCCGUUCACGACUACGAUCUGAAAGCUAACUGACUGAGCCGUUUAUGGAGAUUCCCUCCGCGGUAGGACAAAAAAAAACUAGUGGUGGCUGGCUAAGUAGAAAACAGACAACGCUAAGCUAACGCUAGGUAGCUAACGCUAACAUCGGCAUAGUCUGGGAUAUAUCGUUUAAAUCCCUCUCGGGGGGGAAUACCUUCCGACUAACAGUUAACGGUUCGGUUGUCUUACCAACCGUUUUCCAGCCACUUGAAAACCCCGACGCGUCUGCAUACAAGGAUAACUUGAUGGGACUCGACGUUCAUGAAGCCGAAACACCUGCCAUUUCCCCCGUGUCAUUGAACAAUCAAAGUAGCAGCCAAGAAAGGUCAAGACAAUCAGAGGCAAAACACAAGUGCCUCCACCAUAAGGUUUCCUUUCCCAGAGUGUGACACGUCUGCACGACGUCACCAAUGCGACCAUGGGAAAUAGCAGUAAAUAGGCGGCCACCAACUGCCCCCUUAAACCAGAGGAGGUUCUUUGGAGAGCCCUGCAACACCCCAGUACUUCUCAGGAGAAGCCCUCCAGUGAGACGUCAGUGGGGGAGACGAGACAGGCCUGUACUGCACAAUUCCCUAGUCCAGGAUGAGAACUUCCAUCAUCCGCUUUUCUCCCAACACCAACAACAGGUUCCUUUAGAUGAGUCCAGACAAUAUAGCCACACCAGCGCACCGCCACGCAUGCUUCACCCUGCUGCUCACCUGCCUCAGCAGAGCCCCAUUAUGGUGGAUCUACAUGACCAGAUGCACCAAGGAUCAGUUCCAAUAUCAUACACGGUUACCACGGUGACGACCCACGGAUUUCCAAUCCACACCGGGCAGCCCCUUCCAGGGUGCAACACUCAGCAGCUCCCAGCAUGCUCGCUCAUCCAAGCAUGUACCAUGCAGCAUAUGCCAGUGUCUUACCAAGCCUUUCCGCCCCUGAUCUCCAGCGAGCAUUUUAUAUUGCACCCAACCCCCUCGGUGCCCCCCCACCAGCCACCGCACCUUACUCAUCUGAGCCAGUUUGUCCCUUUACAGCCUCAGCACACACGCAUGCCUCUGCAGAGGGUAGAGAAUGAUGUGGACCUUAGAGGGGAUCAGCACCCAUUAGGGACAUUCUCAUACCCUCCCUCUCAUCACCCACCAGCGAUGCCUCCCUCUCUCCCCUUGCAGUAUCUUCCUCAAGAGCCUCUGCAUCAGGAGUUGCCCUUUGGAGUGCCAUAUCCCCACAUGCUACCCCGGCGAGUGAGUGGACAGAGAUACCGGUUACAGCAACCUCUACCCCCUCCCCCACCACCUCCAUCCUACUACCCAGGCUUCCUUCCUUAUUUCCUGUCGAUGCUUCCUGUGCCUCCAACAGCAGUGGGCCCAGCCAUCAGCUUGGACCUGGAUGUGGAUGAUGUGGAGAUGGAGAACUACGAGGCAUUACUAAAUCUGGCAGAGAGGCUGGGUGAAGCAAAACCACGUGGACUCACCAAGGCAGAUAUAGAGCAGCUUCCGUCCUACAGGUUCAACUCAGAGAAUCAUCUAUCCGAACAAACGCUGUGUGUUGUGUGCUUUAGCGACUUUGAGUGUAGGCAGCUACUUCGGGUUUUACCUUGUAACCAUGAAUUCCAUGCCAAGUGCGUAGACAAGUGGUUAAAGACCAAUCGCACUUGUCCCAUCUGCCGAGCCGAUGCAUCCGAUGUACACCGUGAGGUGGAGUGAGAAUUGGCUCUGAGUGCCUGACUGGAAAGCUGCGCACGCCAGAGUCUGUCCCGAAGCCGGGGACACCUGCCACCAAACUUACGUCCUCCAGUAAAUAUAGCUUACUGACCCACCACUCCUGCCCCACCUCAAUAAUAAGCAGUCCAGGAAUGUUUCUGGAGCCUGUCGUACCUCUGCUGUGCUUCAUUGUCUGAGUCUCUUGA